AUGUCUGACGACGAACAGAGCCACCAACCAUCUUCGACACCCGGCUUUAAUGAUGAAGGGAAGUCGGAGGCUCAAAUUCGUAUGGAGCAAGAGGCAAAGAGACGAAGAGAACGCGCCGAAGAAGAGUGGCGGGAGUACGAAGAGUUUCGGCGUGGCGAACGCGAGAAGGCGGAAGAAGAGAUUCGUCAGCUUCGAGAACGGAGAGAAAGGCGCAAGGCUGAACGAGCAGAAGAGGAAAAACGGUUAGCGGAACUCCGGCAAGUCGAAGAACAGAAACGCCGUGCCGAAGAAGAAGAGCGCCAGCGAAAGAAGCGUGAAGAAGAACAACGCAAGCGGGAAGAACGUGAACGCAAGAAGCAAGAGUGGGAAGAGCGUAAAAAUGCCAAUCGGCCUAACUUUGUAAUUACAAAGAAAGAGGGAGCAGAAUUACAACCCCAACCAGAAGAACAAAAGAAGGAAGAGGUUACGAAAUCGAAGGAGCAGUUGGAGGCUGAGCGCAAGGCAAUUAUCGAACAGCGUGUGCCCCCUCUAAACAUCAGUGGCAUGACCGUGGAACAACUGAAAGCAAAAGCCAAAGAACUGCACGACUUACUGUUUCGUAUUGAGGGUGAAAAUUAUGAUUUGGGCCAGCGGUUCAAGCGCCAGAGCUACGACAUGCAAGAACUGGCUGAACGCGCAAGACAAAUGAAUAAGGGAGGCAAAGCCAGAGCAAUCCCGAACGAACUGGAUCCGAGGGCAGCCAAAUUCAGUGGUAUCCCUCCCAUGGUGGUCAUGUACAGCCAGUAUGAACGAGUCAAGGACCCACGGUCAUUCACCGAGCGACGUGUAGUUUUUACCGGAGAAAAUUAUGCCGAGGAAUUCCACCGCAUUACUCCCAAACGUCAUGUACUCAUGACCGAAGAGGGCUUCCAAAUUGCCGGUGCCACCGAUGGACACCAAGAAUCAGAACCAGUUGCCGCAGAAUAA